AAAGAGCGGCGUUUUGUGAUUGGUUGCCGAGCCGGCUUGGCGAAAGCUGGUGGGGGUUAGCGAGUCGCCAUACCGCUAACCAUACAGCCAUCGGCUCUCCGACACAACUCAAGAGCCAUAAAGGAUUCGCUAUACAAGUGCCGCGCACCCCUUUUUAAAGCCCGCAUUAACCGUUCCGUUGUUAUUGUUGUUGUUCCCCCCUUUUUUGUUUUUCUCCCUUUUUUUAGAAACCGCGGUCGUAGUCGGGACUCGUAUUCGUGCCGUUGUCGUGAAAUGGUGUAAACAAUGAGCAAGUUCAUAAUAGAUAGUAUGCUCCCGAAGUACCAUCAACAGUACCAUCAUCAGCUGUUGAAUCCGGUGAUAACGUCGGGGAGCGACAGUUCUGCGGUCAACUACAGCAGCACGGCUACUAAUAAUUCGUCUUCGUCUUCGAACUCUCCUCCUCCGUCGCUGGUAUCUUCGGCGUCCAGGAUGUACCCUUACGUCGCUGCCCAUCACCACCACGGUCAGCAGGCGGCAGGACUCGCCGCGUUUGCCGGAGCCGCCCCCGGAGGUAUGGGCGCUUUUUCCAGCCCCAGUUCGGCCGCCUUGGCCGCCGUCGUCGACGCAGCCACUGGGGGCGACAAGUCGUGCAGGUAUACGGGAAACGUUCCUACGGCCGACUCGAUGGUCAAUUAUUCCUUGCACCACCAGAAUUCGACGUCGUCCUCCGUCUCUGCCGCCUCCGCCUCGAUGGCCGCUGCGGCGCAGUUUUACCACCAAGCGGCCGCGGCGUCUGCGGACCCUCUCAGCUCGUGUACCACGCAGGUCGCCUCCGCGGCCACUGGACAGCCCAUGCCGGACAUUCCGAGAUACCCAUGGAUGUCAAUAACAGAUUGGAUGAGCCCUUUCGACAGAGUGGUUUGCGGUAUGCUGCCGGGACCGAACGGCUGUCCGAGGAGGCGAGGGCGGCAGACGUACACCCGCUUCCAGACGCUGGAACUGGAGAAGGAAUUCCACUUCAACCACUACCUGACGAGGCGGCGGAGGAUAGAGAUCGCCCACGCCCUCUGCCUCACCGAGAGGCAGAUCAAGAUCUGGUUCCAGAAUCGUAGGAUGAAGUUGAAAAAGGAACUGCGAGCGGUGAAAGAGAUCAACGAACAGGCGAGGCGGGAGCGCGAAGAACAGGACAGGAUGAACAAGGAGAAACAGGCAAAAAUCGGGUCGGAGAGCGGCGGCGGCCAGCACCACCAGAUCCAUGACCCCCAUAAAAUGAUGGGCGGCCUGGACAAAUCUUCCGGCCAGGAUCUCCUCAAAGCUGUCGUCACAAAAGUGCCGACAUAGGCUUCAGAUUCCUCCGUGGGGCAGCCCUUUGAAGAACAGACUUUAUUCCCGACCCGAUCCCCUGCCCCGUGAAACAUUUUUCUCCUCCCAGAAACGACUUUUCUUUGAACGAUAUAUUUUUGUUUUUUUAAUCUUAUUAAUGAAAUAAUAUUGUAUUCGACUUUUUAAAAGGUGUUUGAAAAACACCUUGGAACUCAGAUACGUAUACGAAUGCAAUAAUUACCCAAUUGAAAUUUAAUCAAAGGAAAUAUAUUUUGGGAGAGAAAAUCAAUCCUGUGACAUCCCCCAUUUCGAAACGUCAUCGUACUUAGGUUUUUUGAGAAUGGAAACAAUUGUGUUUUGUAGUAGGAGUAUAAAAUAAUGUUGUACGGGGAGCCGACAACGAAAGAAAUACGUAAUCUUUAACUGCUUUAGAAAAGUAGGUUAAAUAAACGUCUAUAGUUUUCAUAACUUGUAAUAUUUAUACAUCUAUACUUAAAUUACUUUAUUAUUUUUUAUUAUUUUUUACUUAAGCUUUAAUUCGGUAUGUGAGUAGUACUGAGAACUGUCUGCGUGGUGUGACCGUGGACUCUAACUGUUAUUGUGAAUUGUGUUUUUGUUUUGAAAUAAGGUACUUUUCUCUUAUUUUCUUUUCGAAGAGUAAAUAGAGUUUGAAAUAAAA